GCAACCCGUGGUUUGAGUGAGAUCAGCAGAGGGAGGAUGUAGUCAAAGAGGAGAGCAUCUACAUAUAUUUGCUUAUUAUUUUUGCCUGGUUUCUUUUUUUCUCAAUUUGUCACCCUUUUUGCAUUUAGAAUUGAUUCUGAUGAGAAUUUCCUACCAACAGGCAGGAACACAACUAUUCAGUGGCAAGACAUCGUGGAUGAGGACAGAUUCAAACAUGAGCUGCAUCAAUCGUCCAGACAUCCUCACAGAACGUCUUCCCCGGUUAACCUGGAGUCCUACACCAAGAGCUGCAUGUGCACAGACCCACGAGAACAUGAAGAGACUGCAAGCUGUUCUUACGUCAUGUCUCAGAAGGUGAAAGAUCCAGAGCGGUUGUUGGGGGAGAUAGCCUUCCAGCUGGAUCGAAGGAUCCUGUCCUAUGUGUUCCAGGGCCAGAACAGACUCUAUGGGUUCACUGUGCUCAAUAUACGAGACAAGAUCAUUCAGGUGUCCACACACCCUCUGACGGGGAAGGUGGACGAGGGCUACAGGCUCCAGCUGUCCCAGCGCUACACUGAGCUGAUGGCCAAGCUGAAGCAGCUGGGCUAUAGUAUGACUCUCCACCCCCCCUUCACAGAGUUCAUCAUCAACACCUAUGGCAUACUGAAGCAGAGGGCUGACUCAUACAGCGCCCGGGAGCUGGGAUACAACAGCCCGGACUUCCUCAGGAGAGUAGUUAUCAACUCAGCCCCCUCCAAACUGCUGAAGGAUCUCCUGCUGCUGUUCAGUUGCCUCUCUUUCAUGGCCAGGCAGGACGGCAAGCCCCUCUUCCUCUGGUAGACGGGCUGGGAACAGCUCUGGUCCAGGGUGUUACGUAUAGCUUGCUGAUUCUGAGUCUUUUAUAAACGCUUAGGACCAGAGCUAGACUGGGACGGCCACUGAUACCACCUCCCUCCACAGCAGAUCAGUCAUCUGUGGAGAGUCAAGUUUUUACACUAUAAACAAAUGACUCAAACCCAA